UCCCAAGGCUCCUCCUCCAGCAGGCAGGCACUGACUGAGGACACACACACCGAACAUGUCCCACACCAGGAAAAUUUAUCAGGGUCAACUGGGACGGGCUACUGGGGUCAGCUCGUCCGCGGGACGGGACGAUGUCACCAGCCCGAUGAGUGAGGCGAGAGCCGGAGAGGAAACAAGGCUGGAAGAGCAAGUGCCUGGAGCACAUCAGAGCCCAACAGAACCAGCAGCAACGGGAGAGCCUCAAUAUCGGGGAGGAUAUUCAAUGAUUGCACCAAAUGAAAACAGGAGAUCUCGUCUGCAAAUGAUGGUAAACAAGGAGCUGGAGGAGCUGAAGAAAUGGAAAGAGGCUAACAGACCUGGUCCAAUCAACUUGACUCCCAUGCAGUUAGGUGGAGUUACUUCUGAAGCUGAAGCACGACGACAGCAACAAAUGAAUCUUCGAGGGUCCAAGUUCCAACAACGAGCUAAGAAAGAAGAAUAUGAUCGCAAAAGGAAAGAAGCUGAAGAGCUGGAAUAUCAGAAGAAGAAGGAGAUUCAGAGGGAAAAAGCGAAUAAACUCGUAGAGAAGCAAAGGCAGGAGGAAGAGCAGAGGAAAGCACAGCUCCAAGCAGAUCACUACCAAGCAAAUCAGCAGUUCCUUCAGACGUUCGAGACCAACAGAUCCUGCAGGAACUCACCCCUGCCCCCCCACUGCACAGUUCAAACCACAUCCUGGGCCAAGAGCCACAGCUACAAAGAGACUCAGAGGGAGGCCGAAAUGGCGAAGCUACAGGAGCAUAAAGAUGAACAGAGGAAGAAGAGUGAACUCGCAGCAGAAAAGGAAUCUCGAGUGGAAACUGAGAGACAAAAAUGGCUUCAGGAAGAACACAGAAGGAAAAACAAAGCUUUCUUGGAUAAUCUCGAAAAGAGGCAACAGUCCUCUGAGAAUUUGCUCCUCUUCUCCCCUCCUUUUUGUGAUGAUGAGAGCUGUGAACCUGACACCAUACCCUAUGCCCCUGUAUGGACCUCAUCUGAAGAUCUGAGGGAGGAUGAGCGAGACAAUCCUGGCACUAUGAUCAAAGGUAUCACCUGCAGCGACUCUCCUGCAGGUACUAGUUACGACUGGAAUUUGAUGAGACUCCAGAGCUGUUUCCCUGGUUAUGAAGUGUCAGUCCUUGAAGAGCUCCUGCUACAGUGUGAUGGGGACUACACAAGGUUGAUCCAGCUUCUGCAGUGAACAGAUGAAAACUCAGCAAGUUGUCUUCAACCCAACCUCUGUACCAGAUUCUGUUAGCUGUUGACUUAAUUCAUCCUUUAAUUUAGCUAUUGAUUUAAAAUGAUGAUUGACACUUCCUGUGUCAUAGGAAUAGCAGGAGAUCAUUCAGCCCCUUGACCCUGUUCCACCAUUUAAUUAGAUAAUGACACUUCUCUGCUUCAAUCCCAUUUUCCUGCUUUUGGCGCAUGUCCCUUAUCUAACCUAAAAUCUAUCAGUCUAUGUGCAGUCACCUACUGCUAUUGGCUGUUGGGAAGUCAUGAACCAGAGAGACUUUGUCCACUUGGUGCUAAGCAAAGACUCUGACAAUUAUGGCUCCUUAAUUCUUUAAACUGAAGAAUUAAGCCCAGUCAGUUAAAAUUGUUUCCAUUGCCCAGGAAAUGUCUUCAAUCAAAUGGGCUCUCAAGGAGAGAAGUUCAAGAUUCAAGGGGUCUUUCUCAAGUGCACAUUGGAAUAUGAAACCAAUUUGUGUGGCUUUAAAAAGUGACAAUUCCUCUGAACAAGAGUCCUGUGUGGACUUGGAACGUUAACUCUCUUUUUCUCUCCAUAGAUGCUGCCAGACCUGCUGAGUUUUUCUAGCACUUUGUUUUUAUUUAACAUUUCCUCCAAUGACUUUUCCUGUUCAAUGUUUUUUGACCUGCUCUCAUUUAAGAUGUGUUUCUGGAUGGUUUUCACAAUACGCUGGCUUGUGUGAAUCUGGUUAACAGGCAGACACCCCUCAAGCAAGGUUCCAUGUGCAAAAAAUGAACAAUGUGCGCCUGAAUUUCUGCUAAGUGUACAGUUUAUUUUGUAGCACCAAUUCAACCAUUCAACUGAUAGGGUCAGAAACCAAAUCCAGGAGACAGCUGAGAAUUGGAAGCAAUUCCGCUCCUUGCCCAAUAACAUCAGAACACAUUGGGAUUUUUAUUUAUUGGGGCCAGAUGUGAUUUUGGUUUAAAUCAUGUUCUGCAUUUCCUAUGGUUCUUGUUCAUUGGUUCACAAAGGGUUAACUCCUAGAGAGAGAAUUCUGCAUUUAAUGGCCAGAUUGGUGUCUGUUCACCAGUCAGAUUGACAACACCAUCGCUGCCAUGUCCUGCUGCCCCAAUCAGACACUACCUGCCUGCCAUCAGGGUUCCUGACGCCUCAAGGAUAGAGGUCCCACUUCCAUGAGCUGCCAGCCAUUCAGAGGCCUGGCAGUUCUUCAUUCCUUACAGUGCCAAUAGGAGAGGUGGCCUCUGCUGGAACCAGGAGUAGUGCUGAACCCCCAUUGUCCAGGUAAUUGGGGUACGUUCAGAGUUCAGCCAGAAGCAAAAAGACAGAGGGCAGAGUCACAUUUUAGUGAGUUUCACUUGCCUGUUCCACAUAGCACUCUGUUGUUGGGCACCCUGAAGACUUGGAAACCGAGCUGGCCAGUGUUACAGCUAUGAUUUGAGGCAUACAGCCUCUUUAAAUGAUGUAAAUGAGCUACCAUGCUUUGGGAGUGGGUUGGUUACCAACCUCCUGUUCCAUCUCCAUUAAAACCCCAGGUUAAGGCAGAUUGGGUUUAGGGUUUUUUGGGGGGUUGGGAGAGGGGUUAAAAUUACCCCUUGUAUUUCCACAUAUUGGUAUUACAUUUAUUUCCCUUCGGGUCAAUCAGCUGGUUUGACUAUCUAGCUGGCCAUGGUCUACUGUAGCCAGGUCCUUCAGAAUCCUAAAUGCAGCCAUUAUAUCACCUCUGGAUCUUCCCUUUCCUCGUCCCAUUGUUUCCAACCAACCCGUCUCGUACUUUGCCCAUUCUUUAAGGAGGCUGGACUGAAACAGCAACAGGUUUUUUCAAUAUGAAAGAGAUCACUGCUGAAUAUAUCCUUGUCUUUAUCCAAUGCUUUUAUGUAGCUGAUGCUCCUUAGUCCCUUGGCAGUGAUGGCUAAUUAAAUGAUUAACUAAUUAACUAACAAGUUGCAACCUACUUUAACCCUGGCUAACUUGGCAAAGGACAGGAUUAAACACAGUCCCAUGGUCUCAGUAUCAUACAUUUACAUUAAAGAGGAGAGAGCUGGCAAGUUCGUUUUGAGAAUGCAUACAGAGAUAACCUUGAUAGCUAAAUAGUGCAGGAUAUGGCAAAAGAAAAACUCAAAUGUUUAAUUUACCAGUUAAUUUCCCCCAGUCUUGUAACACUUCCUUCCAUCAUUUGAGAUAGAGUAUAGAGAUGGCUAAUAAGCCUAACAGCAGCCUGAAACUCUUAAAAAUGAAUCAAAAUAAGAACUUUCAUCCACAGUCCUUGAGGUUCUUCAGCCGCAUGUUUUGUCACUAUCCAAUCAUGUUACAGCUGUACAAUUGGACAAGCCAUUUUUUGUUCAUCAUGAAAUAAAGAAACACUACAGGUGUAAUCCUUUCUCGUUCACAGCUGAUAUCUUACAUUACCCUGCCCUGCCCCAUUUCAUUCUCUUUGUCUUCACUUUCCAGGGAACAAAAAAAUGUCCUACACAAAUGUGUAGCCCUGGAUCAAGAAAUGCCUUUCAGCCUAUCCCCUCAGCAGACAAAGUCCUAUUAUCAAUCCAAUUAGUUUAAAACCUGAGAUAAAGUUAUGCAAAUUUUUUGCAUAAAAUGUUUACAUAAAAGAUAAUCAUGAAAGACUCUGGAAUAAAUGUCUAAAGUACAUUAUUCAACCUGUUGGAGGAGCUCUAUGAAAAAUUUUGACUAAAUUAGCAGUUUCAAGUUGAGCUUGGCUCAGUGAUGGCAUUCUUGCAUCAGGAUCAGAUAGUUGUAGGUUCAUGACUGUCCCCAAUCCCCAAAGGAUUUCAACACAAAAUUUAAGCUGAUACUUCAGUGUAAUACUGAAGGUGUAAGGCAUUGUCAAAGAGGCCAUAUUUCAGAUGAAGCAUUCAUCCAAGGCCUAAAAUAUCUGUUCAUGCAAAACAUGCAAACAUGCAUGCAAAACACUGCAUGACACAAAUCAAAGAGCAAGAUAGUUUACACAAUGUCUUGCAUGACAUUUAUCUCUUAAUCUACACCACCAAAUUUGAUUAAUUGGUCAUUCUUCUAUGCAAAUUGGCUGCUCCAUCUGUCUAUGCUUCAGUGUAGAUCAUUGACUCAAGUGCAUUUGGAAAUCUUGUCACCAUGGAAGGUGUGAUGUAACCUCCAGACAGUUAGAGUUGGCAGACUAUUGAUUUUGGGUCAUUAAGACCAAUUCUAGAACCCUUCUAAUCUGUAUAGCUCAGUACCAUACCCACUGAUUCACUGUGCAGUAAUUGGUUUUAAACCAGACACGUGACAGAACACAAGCAUUGCAGUAAAAUAACUCUCAGCUUUUAACUAACUAAACAAAAGCUUUGGGGACAGUCAUUCCCCAUGGCAAUGUCUUGACCAGAGUCAAGUUGCCUGGUUUGAAUUUGAACAAUAGCUUAGCAGUUAACUGUUCCCUGCUGCAUUUUCCAUGGCAACACCUCUACCAGUCAGAAUCCGCUUGCAAUCAAUCAGCACUUUCUCUUCUCAUUACUGUUGGUAAUCCUGCUCUCUGUCCUGAUGAGUGCAAUACAAAAAGUUUAGACAGCAUGUUUCUUUGUUCAGCAAAAGCUAUAAGUUGAUAUUAAUAUUUUUAAAAUUCUGCAGAUGGAAUUUAAUAUCAGUAAAUGUGAGGUGAUACAUUUUCAUAAACUGGGUGGUGUGGAUGAGGGUUCAGGAUUAGGGUUAGGGAGCUGAAUAAUUUAAAACCAAUCAAUAAAGAUUUGAAACUGCAGAAAAAAAUGUCCACACAUCAGAAUCACUCACAUGAAAAUAUAGAUGAUGAAAAUUCUGUCCAUAGAUUUUUAUUAUUUUUUUAUUAAUAGUGGAAACCUCAUCUUGCCCUUGGAUGAAGUUUCAUCAAAAAGACAUAGUCCGCCUGGCAGAUUUGCCUGCCUGCCUGCCCACCAACUGUAACGUUGGACGAGCAGCGAAAAAUUGCUUUCAAUUGCUACUUUAAUGGCCUCCUAAAUGUUGGCGGGUGCUCUGCCAACUCUUGCGCGCUCCUGCCGACUGAAAUAUUACACGAGUGUACGAAGACAUCAAGACACUCACCCAAUGUCGAUUGUGUGCUAUUUCACACUCGAGCAUGUCAGGCAUGCGCCCACACACUGAGCAGAAAAUUCUACCCAUUGUUGGAGAGUUUAGAAUAAGGAAACGCAAGAUUAAAUGUAAGAGAUUUUAGAUACAGAGUAGAAGGCUACGAGGCUGUGGAAAGCCGGCCUAGAAUUAGUGACUGAAGCAAAGACCACAGCAGCAUUUAAAAAUGCCAGAAAGGUAGUUGAGUGUGAUACAGGGAUGAAGGCACAUGGGAAAUCCCAAGGAUAAAUAUGAAUACAGACUGGCUGGGAUGAACGGCCUGGCUCCAUGUUGUAAUUUCUAUACAACAAAAUCCUUACCUGCAACAUACUGAAGGGCAAGCUUUGGAAUUUAGGUCCUUCCACCAUGAAGAGAGACAUUUUGUUGCACAACCUGGCAACUGUUGAAGCAAAACUGCUCUCUGUCACAGCCUUGUGAUAUUACACUAUCUCACUUAGCAUCUCCUCCAAAUUCUGUGCCUCCACCAUGAACGUGGUGAGGUUAGAGUCCACAUCACUACUGUUAGUCUUCAUAUCAUCGAGGAUUUUGAUCUAUUUGUCCAUUUUGGUUUUGAAUGUUUGACGUGUCCAAGGAAAUUUCAUUCUAAAUAUAAACAUUGAAAAAUAAUUCAACUCAAUUUAACUCCGUUUUAGUUGUUUUGUCUUCCAUGCUUUAAGAUUCAGUUAAUGUUUCUUCAAGUCAACUGGGUCCUAAAUUGAAUGGAAGUGUAGUAUGUGGUGUAGUAAAAGGGUGUUUGGGCAGAGAAGAGUUCAUGUGGGCCUUGGAAACAGUACCACCCACAUGAUGAUUUUGAGAGUCACAUGAUGGGAGACUGUGUGUAGCAGAGUCCAGAAGGAGCCAGCAUGGAGACAGCGCCCACACAUGGCAGCACCUUGGAUAUGUAUGUAGGUAUAGGUUACUAAUAAACACUUAAUAUUUAAC